AUUCGGUGGGUGAAUAGAACGCGCAUUUUCUCGAUCGAGCGCGACGUGACCUUUUUUCUCUUUCUCUCCAAUUCGGGCGCCGUCUUUUUCUUCUUCGACAAGACCAUCACCACCAAGACUUGGCCGCCCUCGCCCGCUUGCUCUCUCCUGAUAUUCCUAAAAGAAGGGGGAAAAUAACAAGAUAAGGAAACAAAUAAGGCCAUGUCGCAGCCUGCUCGCCCACCGAUUCCCCUCCAGAUGGAGGGAGGACGCGCCCAGCCGGGCAGCCUCAUGCACCGGCGGGAGACUCCAAGCACUCGGGAGGCCAGCACGGCUGCACCCAGCUUCACCGGCAUCACGGGUGCUAGCGGGCACCGCAAUUUCGAGUUUACCUUUGACAGCGCGGUGCGGCCACGCAUCGUGGCCGCUCCAACCUCCCCCAGCACCGGCGGCCUCUGGGGUCGGGCGUACCUCGCCGGGCAGGGCCAACUGCACUUUGAGGCCUCGCCGAGGAUGGAGGACUGGCUGGGGAAACUCCAGGCGCUGUCCCUCGGACGGCGAGAAGAAGAGGAAGCCAUGCCCGCCAUUCGCCAACGCGGCAGCACCACAGAUGAGGACACCGUUCACGAUGCGCACGAGAAUGCCCGGGCCGGAGGCAAGCGGAGCGCGCCGCUACCCGCCGACGAAGACGAGACGGGGGCGCCGAACCAGCCCGCACGCAAACGGAGCCGCAUCAGUGCCGUCCUGCAGCGCACUUUUCCACGCCUGGGCCGCCCGCGGGCCGCCACCACCGGCGCCAUCAUUACCACCACCACCGGCAACGGUAGCAGCAGCGGGAGCAGGAGCAGCAGCGGAAGCUCCAUCCCGGCACUCCUUGCGGCCCCGUCUGGAACCAGCCCCUCUGCUCCGCUGCUCUCGCACCUCGUGGACGCGGGCGGCACGGCUGCUGAAUUGUCGUCGUCAUCUCCGGCGUCGGCGACGACGGCGCAGCAGCGGGUGCAGGUGUCCGGGUCACGGACUGUCAAGGUGUGUUUGGUGGGGGAUUCUGGAGCCGGAAAGACGGCCUUAUUCAAUCGCCUGGCGGGCAGACCUUUCGUUCCGACUUCGACCUCUCUCGUCCCGGAUUUUAGUUUUGUCACCGUCCGUGCCCACGACGGAUCUACCGUCAACGUCGAGCUCUGGGACUUUCCUGGCAUUGUUGCCGGCGCGCGACCCGGCCCGCUCCUCUCAACCUUCUUCCACGCCGCGAUCAUCUGUUUCAGCCUCGAGAGCAAGGACAAUCUGAGAAAUGUUGCGGAUGUGUGGAAGCCGAAGCUUAAUGCCUGCCUACACGACCAGUUCAUCUUCGUGCUCGGUCUCAAGCGCGACCUACGUCCGGCCUUUCCGGCGCUGAACCUCUCAUUCCUGCCAACCGCGGAGCCGGCUACGGCCGAGAUGGUAAGUCCCGCCUAGCUGCAAAAUUUUUUUUGGGACACAUCAAUCGUGAGAUGAUUCAUAAUUAUUGUUUCAU